AUGACAAGUCAUAAUGAGAUAUCUGAACAGGAACCAGCUAUGUCUGGCUUGCGGUCAGUGGCCUUCGCUUCAUCAAAUCCUCGGAAUCACCAUCGAGAAGCCAACACGAUCGAGUACCAGUGGCUGGAAAGUGUGGUUGCAUUGACUAUUAUGGUCAACAUUACCCCUGAGUAA